CUUGCAUCAUUGUGUUACAAAAGGAUGUGAACUUGCAAGUUUCAUCAUAGGUCCCAAAAGGCAAAUGUCGAUGUCCCUGUCCCCAGUGCAGUGCGGGUGAGGGCUUUCUCUGAGGGCAGAGGUGGCCGGGGCUGCUCAGCUCCUGGUGCGCCGGGCAGGGCUUUUGCAGAGGGGCUGGGGCUGUGCACGCUGCCCAGGUGGAGGCAGCUGCCCAGGCUGCUGCCCCGGCUCUGCACCCUCGACAGAGACGUGUGGCUUUGCAUCCCAGGUCUUGCUGGUGGGGUGGCCGGACUCUGCUUCAGCAGCUCCCUGGGGGACCUGGCUGGGGGUGCCUGGGGACACCAGGACACCGCAUGGUGGCAGCCCCUGGAGCUCUGUGGUUUUUCCCCUGGGCUCUCCAGCACAUCUUCCACUCUGGGUGAGACUGACAGCUCCCGUGCUCCCCCAACACAUCUUGGCUGAGCUUUUCCAAGGCCUCUGUCUUCCUGCUCACCUGAAGGCUUGGCAUCCUCUGGAGUCCUCCUGGACAGAUUGCCAGGGUGCUUCGUUUUUCAGGAAGAUGCCCUUUGACUCCUUCAUCUCUGCUAGGGCCUCAUCCAUUGUCAGGCAUGAGCUGUGCACAGGAAGCAUCACCCCCAUGUUCAUGGAGCUGAAGACCACGCAGUGGCUGAGGAAGGACCUUCUGCCCCAGCUUACGGCUGCGGUGUGGGGAACAAGUCCCAUUCCCCCUUCUUAGAGAGGAGCUGUUUCAGCUGGGGCUGGGAACAUCUGGGAACAUCACCCCAUGACACAAGAAACCCCAGUCACCACCGUGGCUUUCCUUCGGACAGAUGCUGGGUCAUGGGCAGAGCUGCCGGCAGAGCUGGGCAUCCUGACACUGACCUGCGGGCAUGGCUCCUCCGCACCGGUGUGGGAGAUGGUGUUGGACUUGGGACCCCUCGUCCAGCACCUUGGCAAAUGCUUACCGGUGGUGAGCAUGUCCUGGAGUGGGGCAAGGCUGGGUUGUCUCCUCUGCCACCUCUCCAGGCACAUCUUUCAACCUCCCAUGCCAGGACAAAAAGUUUCCAGCUCUUAAGAAACCGCCUGUUCCUAUUGGGAAUGAGCACCAUUAGCUAAACCCAGCUGGGGCAGAUGCAGCUUGUUAGUGAUCCCCAGCUGCAUUGCCCCAUCACAUUUAGCUUCACCAGAUUGCCCACAUAGCUUCUAGGUUGCUCACCUGGGUCGCCCACGCAGACCUGAUGACCCCAGGCCCCAAGCUCUCCACCAGCUCCUGCUCCUCAGAGGCUGGGCUUUGCUGGUCGCCCUGCCUGCAUCUCGCCCUGUGUGCUGGCAGGACCCAGGGAGCCAUGUGUUGGGCACAGCACACCUUCUGUUCCUGCACACCCAAGAACCCCUCUGGACAUCUUGUUGCAGCAUCGUACCAGGUGACAGGUUUAUUUUUAGUUUCCUUGUGUCCUAAGCCUUAGCUUAAAAAAAUCACUGCUCUGCACAAGAUGGUUUCCCAGACUAAGUAUGGCCUCACCCUUCAUCCAUCUAUCUCUGCCUUUGCUUUUGCACCAUGGACAUUGCUUGGGCGAACGUUGCCUCUUCGUGUACUGGCAUUUACUCCUAGCUUUGUUCCUUCUUACAGCCCCCAAGGAGGUUGUGGCAACACAAGCGGUUUCACCUUCUUCCUUUCCUGCAGUGGCACGCUUGUCCCCCUGUCCCAUGGGCUGGCUGCCCGUGUCUCAGCUAGAGCUGGUCCAAGCUGAAUGGUGGUGGCCAACCAUCUCCAGGCAAGUCUUCCCAGUGUCACUUCUGAGACUGGGAGGUGUUACAGGCUGUGGUUAAACACUGUCCCCGAUGCAGUGGAGACCAUCUUCUCACCAGUGGCAUCUUCAGAUGUCUUGUCCAGGCGUGGCCAAAUAGACCAGAAGGACCUCGUGGGCCUUUCUGCUCAUCCAUUGUCCUCCCUUAGCUCAGUGUCCUUACCUAAUAACAGGCCAAUGCUUGUAGCAGGGUGUAUUUUUUCCACACUUGGUUAGAUUUUCUGCAAAAUCCACUUCACCUCUGGCUCAACCACCCUCUUGCACACACUGUCCCCCUGCUGUCCUCCCCAGGACCCCCAAGCCUGGAUGGGGCUUGGGGACACUGAGCAGCAUGGAGACCCACAGGGGCAGUCCAUUAGCAGGGAAGCUCAUGGUGGUGGGUAAAAUGCUCCAUGAGGCUGGAGGCUUUGAAGAAGCAUUUGUAGCAAAGAGCACCAUCUCCACCCCCAGGGCAUCUUUGUCUGUCGGGGAGUUUUAAGCAAUAAUUAUGUUGAUACAACCCAGCUGGGAGAGGGUGCGGUGGGGCAGAGCAGGCUGGGGAAGCCCAUCACGGUGAUGGGUACAACCUGCUGCUCGUGCCCUGCAAGCUGCUGCGGAGGGGAGAUGCUCUGUAUCCUUGUGGCUCCUACAUGGGCUUGGUGUCUGGGGAGGGGGGAAUUUUCCUUCCCCACAUCCUCCUCCCAGCUCAGCUGCCCUGGCCCCAGGGAACCAAUGGCCAAGUGGCCCCAGGCAUUAGCCUGACCUGUCAUCUCAUUAAUUACUUUCUGGCUAAUCCCGGCUGAGCCGGGCUGGGGCAAACAGGGCUCAGCUGCUGGCCAUGGCUGCGCACACCCCUCUGCCCCCCAACCUCCGCUGGGGCUUGGCGGUGUUCAGCGGCUCCCUCUUCAUCAACAACAAGACAUGGGACAGCGGUGCUGCCCACACCUACCACCCAGCCCACGAGGUGCUGGCCAGCCUGCCCCUCCAGAUGAUGCUCUACUUCAACGUCUACUACUUCCCAGUCUGGUUUCUGGCUGAGGGGAUGAUGCUGCAGCUGAAGUACCACCUGCUGCCGUGGCACUACCAGUUCCUGCUGGUCACUGCCUUCCUCAUCCUCUCGCUGGCUGAGGGCUCCCGCCUCUACCUGGGCUACGUGGGGAACCUGCAGGAGAAGGUGCCCGAGCUGGCCGGGUUCCUCCUCCUCUCCUUCCUGAUCCAGCUCCCCCUCCUGCUAUUCCUGCUGACGGACAGCCACGUCAUCCGCCUGCCGCUCGAGAUGGCCGUGCACAGCCUUUUCCUGGCCUUCCUCGUCGCUGAAGUUGUGGCUGCCUUCCUUGCGCUGAAGACCAUGACCAAGCAGCUGGCGGCACAGUUCUACCUGCGGCAGUUCAAGGAGGGCAGCAGGGGACGGCCGGGGCAGGCAGCCGAGGAGGGGUGA